UUUUCAAUCUGCAUAGGACUACAGUACAAACCCUCCCACGAGGGAUAAUAUUACCUCAAAUGGAGCCCAAAUGUGUAAUAUCUUUGUUUUUUGUACCUCUUCUCACGUGGGUACCUGGAUGCGCAGCGCGUUACGCAGCAAACUGGACCAGUUUGGAUGCCAGACCUCUGCCCCAGUGGUUCGACGAGGCGAAGAUCGGGAUUUUCGUCCACUGGGGGGUCUUCUCUGUCCCUGGGUUUGGGCAAUACAGUGAGUGGUUCUGGUACUGGUGGCGGACAGAAAAGCGCGCAGAACAAGUUGAAUUCAUGCAGAAAAACUACCCGCCGGGAUUUAAGUACGUAGAUUUUGCAUCUGAGUUUCGCGCAGAAUUCUUCGAUCCGGAUCGCUGGGCCGAGAUAUUUAAAGCCUCUGGAGCCAGGUAUGUGGUGUUCACGUCCAAACAUCAUGAGGGAUUCACAAACUGGCCCUCAAUAAGCUCUUGGAACUGGAACUCAGUGGAUGUGGGUCCUCACCGGGACCUGGUGGGAGACCUGGCUGCAGCUAUCAGGAAAAGGUCCCUGCGCUUGGGUCUCUACCACUCUCUAUAUGAAUGGUACAAUCCCCUUUACUUGUUGGACAAAGCCUUCGGAUUCAAGACUCAGGAUUAUGUUGCCCGUAAGACUCUUCCAGAACUAGUAAACCUUGUGAUGGCGUACAAACCUGAUCUGAUCUGGUCUGAUGGGGACUGGGACGCACCAGAUACCUACUGGAACUCCACCCAGUUCCUGGCCUGGCUCUACAAUGACAGCCCAGUCAAGGAUGUGGUGGUUACCAAUGACAGGUGGGGUAAGGGCUGCUACUGCAAACAUGGUGGCUACUACAACUGUGCAGACAGGUACACACCUGGUAAACUUCCAGAUCACAAAUGGGAGAAAUGUCAGUCCAUUGACACUCGUUCCUGGGGCUACCGAAGAGACAUGAAGCUAAGCGAACUCAUGAACCUGUCAUCUAUUAUAAAGGACUUGGUGUAUGUGGUGGCAAUGGGUGGAAACUACCUGCUGAACAUUGGGCCGAUGGCAGAUGGCAUGAUUGCCCCGGUGUUUGAGGAGAGGCUGAGGGGACUGGGUGCCUGGUUGGGGAUAAAUGGGGAGGCUAUCUAUGCUUCCAAACCAUGGAGGGUCCAGACAGAGAACAGCACUGUCACUGUCUGGUACACUGCCAAAAACAGUACUGUUUAUGCCAUAAUGCUUGGCUGGCCAUCCAGACAACAGCUUCAGCUCACAGUCCCAAGGACCACUGGAGCCACAAAAGUUACACUUAUGGACUAUCCUGACGUACCACUGAAGUGGGUGCCAGUGACACCAACAGCUGGACUGAUGAUUCUCAUGCCUGCUAUGCCAGUAUCUCCUGGAAAAGCCUGGUGUCUGAAACUUGAGGGAGUUGUUUAACUUUAGAGAGUCGUGCCAAAAUCAAGUCCAAAUAGUCUUUGGACCAGGGGGCAUAACUCUUACACUUAAUAAUAAACAUUAAGAGACAAAUUGGAUUAAAGAGUCAGGAUCACAUAUGAUUCACCGUGCCCACGGUAAUAAUUAAAGGCUUUCAAAUCUCAUAGCAACAUUUUAUGGUCAGUCACUGUGAGCCAUUUAAGUCCCUCAGGCAUUUAUUGUAAGGAUAUAUAAACACACACACUGUAUAUAAUCUUCAUGUGUCCUUAAAAAUGAGAAAAACAUAUGUCGGCCUAUUUGUUGGUGAAUGGGUAUCUUACCUUUUACAGUGUAUUGAAGCCUAAGGGCAGUUUGUGUAAAUGUAGUUACAAGCCUAUACAGAGUUUCCUAAACAAAGCUAAAUUGUGUGUAAAGCGCACUUUGUGUGUGUGUGUAUGUGUAAUAGUAAGUUUAUUUCUUGUUCAAAUUAAAAAUCUAUUUAAGGCUUAAAUAAAGUUGAAAAUA